UUAUCCAACCCCAAAACCUGUAUAAAAGCAAAGACUCCCCUCGAGCAUAUUUCUUCUCACACCAAAACAAAAACUUAACAAAAAUAUUAAAUCACAAAUUCUUAAGAUCUCUUCUUCAAUGGCGACGGGGAAAAGCUACUACGCACGGCCAAGCUACCGUUUCCUCGGCACCAAUCAGUCGUACUACGCCGCCAACGAUUCGGGAUUCGAGUUCGACGAAUCCGAUCUCUACUCAUCCGAUUCCCCCGAUUUCCGCCGGAAAAUCUCUAAACCGGUCAGAUCGGUGAAGAAAUCGUCUAACCGACCGUCCACGUGCGGCGCUUCCUCCGCCGCAGCGGCGUCGUCUCUCCCGGUGAACGUGCCGGACUGGUCUAAGAUUCUCCGGGAGGAGCAUCGCGAUAACCGUCGGAGAAGCAUCGUGGAUGACGACGGAGAUUGGUUGGACGCUAGCGGCGGGAGGUUGCCGCCGCAUGAGUUUCUGGCGAAGACGAGGAUGGCGUCGUUCUCGGUGCACGAAGGACUUGGGAGGACAUUGAAAGGAAGGGAUCUGAGUAGGGUUAGAAAUGCAAUUUUUGAGAAAAUUGGGUUCCAGGAUUAAUAUUUUGAAAAAAAAUAAUAUUCGAGGUCCUUUUAUAAGUAACUGUCAGAGAGAGAGAGAGAGAGAGAGAGAGAGAGAGCAUUUAAUAUUUCUUGAAAUGCCCUCGACUUAUCGUCUAUUCCGAAAAUUUUACCCAUGUAAUUUUGUUUAACUUUGAGAUAUUAUUAAAUUUUGCGUAUUGAGAUGAGUACCGUAAUGUAUAAUGUUUCCGGAAGAAAGAAAAAAUGCUUA